AUGAAUGAAGCAACAUGCUAAUAAGAGGGAGUAGCUCCAAGGUGGUUCUCCGUACUCGCGUCGCCACCGACGGAUAAGCUUACUCCUCUUCACAAGACAACCGGACCUCGCUUCUCCUGACUGCCGUGAUGGACCGUGAGACAGUUGUCAUCGUCUCUGCAGCAAGAACUCCGAUAGGGUCGUUUAAUGGAGCCUUCUCCACACUGCCUCUGCAUGAGUUGGCGUCCGUGGUGAUCAAGGACGUGCUGCAGCGUGCUGGCGUGACCCCAGACCAGGUGUCAGAGGUCAUCAUGGGUCACGUGCUCACCGCAGGCCACGGGCAGAACCCUGCGCGGCAGGCGGCGGUGGCGGCGGGCAUCCCCUACGCGGUGCCCGCCUGGAGCUGCCAGAUGGUGUGCGGGUCGGGCCUGAAGGCCGUGUGUCUGGGCUGCCAGGCCGUCCAGACGGGAGACGCCACCGUGGUGCUGGCGGGGGGCAUGGAGAGCAUGAGCAGGGCUCCCCAUACUGUUCAGAUGCGCUCGGGGGUGAAGAUGGGAGACACGCCCCUCCAAGACUCCAUCGUUGCUGACGGCCUGACCGACGCCUUCCACUCCUACCACAUGGGCAUCACAGCGGAGAACGUGGCGAAGCAGUGGGCGGUGUCGCGGGAGGAGCAGGACCAGUUCGCCGUGUCGUCCCAGAACAGAACCGAGGCGGCGCAGAAGGCGGGACAUUUCCACCACGAGAUCGUCCCGGUCACCGUGCCCUCGCGCAAAGGUCCAGUAGAGGUGCGUGAGGACGAGUUCCCGCGUCACGGCAGCAGCCUGGAGGCGAUGACCAAACUCAAGCCCUGCUUCCUGAGGGACGGAUCCGGCACCGUCACCCCCGGCAACGCCUCAGGGAUCAACGACGGCGCUGCAGCCACUGUGCUCAUGAGCCAAUCAGAGGCUCAGAGGCGGGGCUUGAAGCCAAUGGCACGAAUCAGCUCCUGGGCUCAGGCGGGCCUGGACCCGUCAGUCAUGGGCACUGGGCCAAUCCUGGCCAUCAGGAAGGCGGUGGAGAAGGCGGGCUGGAAGCUGGAGCAGGUGGAUCUGUUUGAGGUGAACGAGGCCUUUGCUGCCCAGUCUGUAGCGGUGCUGAAGGACCUCGGCCUCAACCCAGACAAGGUGAAUGUGUCGGGUGGGGCCAUAUCUCUGGGGCAUCCUCUGGGCAUGUCCGGCUGCAGGGUGCUGGUGACGCUUCUGCACGCGCUCCAACGGACCGGCGGGAAGAGGGGCGUGGCUUCACUCUGCAUCGGAGGAGGGAUGGGCAUCGCCAUGUGUGUGGAGACCGUCUGAGACACACACACACACACACACACACACACACACACACACACACACAGAGGAGGAGUGGGCAUCGCCAUGUGUGUGGAGACCGUCUGAGAGACACACACACACACACACACACACACACACACACACACACACACACACACGUCAGAGGAGGAGUGGGCAUCACCAUGUGUGUGGAGACCGUCUGAGAGACACACACACACACACACACACACACACACACACACAGGUUAUGGGUUAGCCCUGAUGACAUACGUGGUGUUCUGCUGCUUUAUAAACUCUAAAUGCCUUUAAAAGACGUCUCUGAUUCCUCUGACAUUCAGGACUCAUUCUGACUCAUCUCUUCUGACUCCUUUAACUCUCUCCUGAUUCUUCUGACUCUUUCCUGAGUCUUACGACUGUUGGGACUCUUUCGACUCUGACUCCUUUGACUCUCUUGUGGCUAUGUCUGUGGUGACUGCUCCUGAUUCGGACUCUUUUCCGGCUUUACAGACUCUUUUUCUGACUCUUUUGACUCUCUUUGCGUCUAUGUCUGUGAUGACUGUAUCAGUUCUGUCCUGUGUGUUGACCUGCUGGGGCCUUAGAUUACAGGAGCUUACAGGCAGAUCAGACCCAGGCCUCGUCAGCUGCACUAUAGAUCAGACCCAGGCCUCGUCAGCUGCACCUAUAGAUCCUAUAGAUCAGACCCAGGCCUCGUCAGCUGCACCUAUAGAUCAGACCCAGGCCUCGUCAGGUGCGUCUAUAUCUAUAGAUCAGACCCAGGCCUCGUCAGCUGCACCUAUAGAUCAGACCCAGACCUUGUCAGCUGCACUAUAGAUCAGACCCAGGCCUCGUCAGGUGCGUCUAUAUCUAUAGAUCAGACCCAGGCCUCGUCAGGUGCACCUAUUGAUCCUUAAAACAUUCCUCACUGUCCUGCUGGCCUCACAUGCUGAACUCUAGUCCAGUGUUGUUCUGGCAGUGGGCGGUCAGUCAUGAUCCUGCUUCUCUUGCAUACUGUACUUUAGUGUACUUUACUGUACUUUAGUAGUGUACUUUAGUUCUCCUCUGGCAUGGUUGGGACCUACCUUAUCAGCGUGUGCUGGGAAGACAGACAUUAUGACUGCUAGCAUCUCCGAAUGUCCCCCCAAACCAGCUUCCAUUCAGCUAGCAUCUUUAGAUGUUCUCCUGAAAAAGCUUUGGUUCAGCUAGCAUCUCCGAACGUCUCUCCAAACAACCUUCUGCUUAGCUAUAGCAUCUCCGAACGUCUCUCCAAACAACCUUCUGCUUAGCUAGCAUCUCUAGUUGACCUCCUGAACCAGCUCCUGCGUAGCUAGCAUUUGUUGAUGCCCUGAACAUCCUUCUAGCUUCUCUAGUUGACUUCCUGAACCAGCUUCUGCUUAGCUAGCAUUUGUUGAUGCCCUAAACAUCUUUCUAGCUUCUCUAGUUGACCUCCUGAACCAGCUCCCCUCGUGUCCCUGUCCGUGUGACCUGAAGGAAACCUCAAACCUCAAACAACAUUAACACUAACAGCUGAGCUAACCACUAGGGGGCGCUAAACACCUCCAAGGCCAGUGACCAUGACAAAGAGGCGCUCAGUGAAGACACUGGAGACUCCUCUGGAUGGAAAGGGAAGCUGAUUUAGAGUGUCUGGGUGAAACUAAUGAAGGUAGUUGUCAUGUCAUAUUAUGCAUUUACAAUGUAGGCCUAUAGGCAUUGUAGUCUGUCAGGGAAAUAUGCCAGUCUUCCUGUACUCUGUGUGCCAUCAAGGCUAGUCUAGCCUGCUGUCUAGUCUACUGUAUCAGAUGCUUUUAGUAGGUAGAUAGCCUUUUUAAUAAAGUAUAAUAAUUGAAUGGAAUUUAUCCCAGAGAAAAAAUGUUUACAAAUGAAACCAGGGUUGAACUCUGGAGAAGAAUAAAGAUUACAACCCCAAAGCCCUA